GUGACCAGGUCAAGCACGACAACAUCAUCUCAAACUCGUUCUCUGACAAUGACUGGGACAACUCUCUCUACAACCCAGACCGUCCUCCGCCCGGUAGCGAAUGCGAGCAUAGUGUCCCUGACACUGCCGAUUUGCGACCCUGCCAUCCUCCGGGCUGUGAAGACUGAUUUGUUUGCAGAGAUGAAUCGCUUUGCAUCCAUCGGCGAAAACUUGGACUGCAAGGACGUCUCAGGCGAGCUGCUGGUUUUCAUGGCUCUGAAACGGUGCCCCGAGGAGACGUUGCAAGCGUUG